AUGGUCAAAGUCGGCGACUCUAUUCCUGACAUUGAACUAUUUGAGGACAGCCCUGGCAAUAAGGUCAACCUCUCAAAAGAGCUUGCACAAGGAGAAGGUCUGAUCAUCGGCGUCCCAGCUGCCUUCUCCCCAGGAUGUUCAGACUCGCACAUUCCUGGCUACCUUGCCGAUCCUAAGUUGAAGGAGGCCGGAAAGGCCUUCAUCAUCUCCGUCAACGAUGCUUUUGUCAUGAAGGCGUGGGGCAAGACACUCGAUUCCGACAAGAACUCAGGUAUUCGAUUCCUUGGAGAUGCUUCAGGCGCCUUCUCCCGUGCUUGGGACGUCGAGUUCGACGCGACCCCUCUGAUGGGCAACAAGCGCAGCAAGCGAUAUGCAGUCAAGACCAAGGACGGAAAAGUCACAAAGAUUGCUAUUGAGCCGGACAAUAUCGGCAUCAACGAAUCCGCAGCUGACAAGUUCUUGUGA